UACAACCAGUACAAUCAGUACCAUUAGCACCAUCGGCACAACUAGCACAAUCAGUACCAGUAGUAUCGUCAGUACCAUUAGUACCAUCAGCACAACCAGCACAAUCAGUAUUAGCGGUACCAGUUGUAACAUCAACAGAUUUUCACCAUCGCGUUAUUGAUCCUAUUCUUCUUGAUAUUACAAAUGAAAUUACAACACCAGCUACAAUCACAGGACAUGAAAUUUUGAGAAGAACUGCUC